GUUAUCUCUCGCAUUCAAGAGUCGUAAUGUAUACAAGUAGAAUACCCGGGAUCGCUCAUUGUAUAUACAACUCGGAACAACGCACUUCGCGUAUCAUCGCACAGGAUGGUAAACAUACCAACGAAAACUGGGUCCCGGAGGUAGACAGUGACUACGCAGUUCAGGACAUUCACGUGCAAUUGACCCGCCAAUGCAUUUUGAGGGUUGAGCAAAGUGUAUGAACUUUACGUAGCCGGGCAUUCCGCUAUGACUCCAUACCGCGCCUAACUCGUCCAUCAUCCGAAAGCUGAUGGAACGUUAGCGGUUCGCGGGUGACACACCGAUCCAUGGCUUCGGCAUGUAUCUUGCAGCCCACGGCUUCCGGCGUCAUUGCGGGCUUAACCAUGUAUUGAAAGAUGUUGGAAAUUGGCGCAACAAAACAUGCGCUCGCGGCUCAACUAGCCGUUUUUUGUCGAACGACGGCCGGCGAUGUCGAAGUUGUUCGUGCGAUUGUUUCCUCCGCGAAAGCAUGCGCGCGUAUAUCGAGCACAGUUUCCAGUAAGAUGCCCUGCUAGACGAGCCGUUUCUUCGACGAUCGACAGUGGUGAGGCCUUGCGCUAUGGUCACCAACGAUGUUAACCGCAAAGUACGAGGACGACGGUACUGACAUCGGCAACAGGUUAGCGCGUCACGCAAGGGGGGCAACGACGUGCAGCUGGCUUCGGAGAAUAGUCCUGAACUUGAGCCCGUAGCACGGCAACCCGCGCCGAACGUACUGGGGCCAAGCUACAGGAGCGCGACCGGCUCAUCGGCCAGAUGCGACACCUUCCUUCACGUUCCUAAUGACCUUGAUUUAUUGGUCAAUCAUCGGAGUUCCUUGAGUCCGGGUGACUUGGCUCCUGCGCUGACCAGAUCCGCCGGGAUCCGGCCUGAGGUUUUGCUGAGGCUCGCGGGGCCGUAUCUAGGCGAGAGCUGGCACCGGCUAGUGAGCUCGAUCGAAGUCGGGGAGCGGGGUGUCGACAAAAGGUUAAGUAUGUUAUGUUGGUUUGGCUGAUAGCUGUUUCCAACAGUAACGGCCAGCACUUAUCGUGGAUAUUGGGGUCUGAAAAGGGAUUGGAGGAGGGCGUGCUUGUAUGCGUGUGGUCUUGUGUGGUUGACGGCACAUCAAAUGUCACCCGGUCCAACCAUGACACGCCUCGUUGACUCUCGACCCUGGCUCGCUCGUCUGGUGUUUUUUCUCGUCGCAGCUCGGGCGCAUAUAUCCACAUCACCGGCGACCAGCCACAGGGACUUGUAGAGGGGAUGGGCUCCGUGUUCGUGAUGGGCGAAGCCACAGAACGCAUACAUAUGCAUCGGUCCGCCACCACCUAUAACGCGGUUGGACAGGGGAGGGCAGCUCAUCGCUCACGAAGGCCAGGACCAGGAAGAUGCCUUUGGGACGGAUAUACUGAACGGAAACAUGGUACGUGAGCUGAUCACUGCCUUGGCGCACCACGAAUAGGUCCUGCAUCGAAGGGUAUGGGAAACGACAUAUCCGCGGUCCAGCUUGGGUUCAGCGCAACACCGACGCAAUCGCUCUGCAAUCCGUUCGGCCUGACGGCGGUGUCGCGCAACCACGAUAUAACCCGACAAUCAACGACGCCACGCUCGCCGCCCCGCACGAUUGACUCCUUCCUAUGCGUCAGAGGCAAGAUUCGGCGGCAUGAACGCCAGAGAUAGCGACGGCUGGAACCGUGUGUCAAUCGCCAGCUUCUCUCCAUCUGCAGAAUUCCUGAGACAAUGCGACGUCGUGGAGGCCGCCGUCACGUAUGUCGAUCGCUCGAGGAAACGCGUACACGGAAUCCGCGCCCCGUUAUCCGUAAUGGACAGCGAUGACCCCCCACAACGAACCCCAGAUGUUGCAAGCGACCACGACGGAAAUUGCAUACUGCCUUUCAUCCCGUCAACAUGGCGCGUUCCUGCCCACCGCGCUGCAUCGUACGGCGCUCCUGUCGCGGGAGAGCCAUCACGUCAGGACGACAGACUUCCCAGAAGAGGCCCCAGCCGUUAUGGGACGCCACACGGCGUUCGAGAACAGAGAGGGCGUGGCCGACCUACAUCCGCCCAUUAGGACGUUGGCGUCCGCUUCCAUUACGCCGUCAGGAGUUCUUCGACUUCGCGUUGACGACGAGGCGGGACUUCAUGACGGCAUAUGGCCGAAAAAUCGGAGCGCCCAUCAUUGCCAUUGCAUGGGUCAAUUUCGAGCGAUGUCUUGCUAUGGAGGACCGCCUAUAAAACGGAGGCACCAGGAAGGGGCGAUGAUCACGAGGAGCGUAGUCCACGGGACGACCAGUUCGAUAUGAGGUUUAGCGUGCUGGAAGAGCAUCGUAUCCUUGGAGCG